UUGUCGUUCCACAGAUCUUGAUAACUUAUCAGGCCACCUUAGACGGUGCUGAACUGCUACUUCAUGUUUUCGAAACACACCCAUUCUGUAACUGUGUACACUUGCCCAGCAGCGUUUGGGGUGGCCUGGUAAGCUAUCAGAUUUGCCAAAACUGUUGUUUCAGGGCCUUUGAGAAUGUAUCAGGCCACCUCAGACGGUGCUGGGCUGCUACUUCACGUUUUAGAAAGAUACCCACUCUGCAACUGUGUAUACUUGCCUAGCAGUGUCUGGGGUGGCCUGGUGAGCUAUGAGAGCUGCCAAAUCUGUCGUUUCACAGUUUUUGAUAACGUAACGGGCCACCCCAAACAGUGCUGGAUUGUCACUUCAUGGAGAUUGUGGGCAGCAUAUGUUGUCACGUAAAAGGAUCUGAUUCAUGGUGUUUGAAUGUUUACAUCUUGGAUUUUAGCAUUUGAACCCUCGAGAAAGUCCUCUUUGGUCUAUCAACUGCCCCAGAAUGUUCGGCUAUCACAUCCGAACUCUUCGCUCCUCUCACUUCUUCUUCUCAUCGUGGCUGCCACCGCCUGGGAGACCCCAGACUGCCUUCAAGUCUUCGAUCCGAACCGCGCUGUUGUUCGCAAGCUUGCUCUUCUCCUCGCGAUGCUUCUCCUUGCCUUUCUGGUCCAGCCUCAUCUGUCCAAAGCCCCUCACCAUAUCCUUCUCCCACUCCAUCGCAAUCAGGUUCGCCCGCCCUCUCCGGCGCUCAAUCCUUCCCGCCUUCUCGUCUGUGAUGAGCCUACUCACUUUCUCGCGAACCUCGAGCGUUUGAUGCCAGUCGGCUGGGUCGUCGAUCCGCGCGCAGACCGCCGUGUAGUUGCCUUUGACCUUGCUGUCCUUGGUGGUGCUGAAGCUGGAGAAGCCCAUAAGCCCUUGGAGCGUGGAGGUGAGGUCCUCGUCUUCUUCUAUCUCGUGGUCGGUGUCGUUGGGCAGUGGGGAUGUGUGGUUGCCUUUGACCUUCUUGCGCCUGGGCUUGGUCUGACGGUGACCGAAGCUGGAGAAGCCCGUAACCUCUUGGAGCGUGGAAGUGAGGUCUUCGUCUUCUUCCAUCUCAUUGUCGGUAGCCACAGGCAGCUCGGAGGUGAGGUCAUCGUCUUCUUUUAUCUCGUUGUCGGUAUCGGCAGGCAGCUCGGAGGUGGGUUCCACUCCUCCCGGCUCGUUGUCGGAAUCUUCGCAGUCGUCAUGCUGAUCUGGGGUCUUGCAGAUGCAUGAUCUGCCAGUGCCUUCACGGGGAUCGCCACCCUUCUGGCGUUUGGAACGCACCAGCGCGUCGACGUCGGCUUCCUAUGUGGGCGGGUAGUAGUAGGUCUUGGCUGGGUGGGUGUUGUUUGCUGUGAUGCGACGAAAGGGAUGGAAGAGACGUGCGAUGACGUUUCGACAAUGGGGCAAGGGGACAGGACGUUAGAUACGCUUACUCUCUUUGACAUGCUUGAUGACAGGCUGGAUGUGGUGGUGUGAUGCUGAAGGUGUAGGGUGUGUUGGAUUGAGUUUGAGGUUUAGGGCGACGAUGAG